GAACCGCCGCGCCGAGCGGAGCUCCUACGCUGAGUCGCGCGAGUGCCAAAGUAGGCACGGCGACGUAGGUACGGUUCGCGGUUCGGUUCGGUUCGGUUCCAUUCCGCUCCGCUCCGUCCCGUGGUGGCGGGCCGGGGAUCCCAGCUCUCGGAGGGAUACCCAGCGGAAGCCUGACGCGUGCCACAACACGUCCGUGGUCUCCUCACCGAUGGGUCCCCUGGAGUACCUCCUCGUCGUCGUCGCCAUCGUCAUCGCCGUCAAUUUUGCUUAUCUCGCCUUGCGCGCCUAUCGAGAGAUCGUAGAAGCGGUCAACCGGUAAUUUUCCCGAUCGGUCGAGGAGAAGAUUAACGAGGGAAGAAAGAUUGACUCGUAAAAGCAUUUAAGUGAAAGAGAAACUGACGUAAAUAUGGAUACUGGAUCUACACAGGGUAAAAAGCAAAUCCGUGUCGGAUUUUACGACAUCGAAGGAACCAUCGGCAAGGGCAACUUUGCCGUUGUAAAACUAGCCAGACAUCGAAUCACAAAAACAGAGGUGGCUAUCAAGAUAAUCGACAAGACCCAAUUAGAUCCUACUAAUUUAGAGAAGGUUUAUAGAGAGGUCGAAAUUAUGAAGCAGUUGGAGCAUCCGCAUAUCGUCAAAUUAUAUCAAGUUAUGGAGACGAAGAACAUGAUCUAUAUGGUGUGCGAGUACGCGAGCAAAGGUGAGAUAUUCGACUAUAUAGCGCGUUACGGAAGAAUGGGAGAGCCCAGAGCGCGGGCGACGUUUGCUCAGAUACUCUCCGCGGUCGAAUACUGCCAUGUAACGGGUGUGGCGCAUCGUGAUCUGAAAGCGGAGAAUCUACUUCUCGAUGCUCAGAUGAACGUGAAAAUCGCCGAUUUCGGCUUCAGCAACAGAUUCGCUCCGGGGGAACGAUUGAGCACGUGGUGCGGCAGUCCCCCGUACGCUGCCCCCGAAGUCUUUCGUGGGAAACACUAUGCUGGACCGGAAAUCGACGUGUGGAGCCUGGGCGUCGUGUUGUACGUGUUGGUGUGCGGUGCACUGCCCUUCGAUGGAUCAACUCUUCAGUCAUUAAGAGAUCGCGUGUUAAGCGGCAGAUUUAGAAUUCCUUACUUUAUGAGCACAGACUGCGAAAGCCUAAUACGCAAGAUGUUGGUAUUGGAGCCUUCCAAACGAUACACCAUUCCACAAAUCAAGAGGCACCGUUGGAUGGCGGGGACGGCAGAUAGCAUUUGUUCAGUGAUCGUAACGCGGCCGUCAUCAUCCAUUCAGGAACCGAAUGAACAAAUACUUCGACUCAUGCAUAGUUUAGGAAUAGACAUUAGUCGCACUAGAGAGUCUUUACGAAAUAGCAGUUACGACCAUCACGCUGCUAUUUAUUUCCUACUGCUGGAAAGGUUAAAACAACAUCGUGUCAGCAGUACCAUUAAUAACGCCUGCUGGUCCACUGUUGCAAGAACAAAAGAAGAUAAAUUUAAAUCAAGAGCAAGAGACGAUAGCAGUAGAGGAGGAAAAAGGUUUAGCUCGACGAGUUCUUCAACUGAUGAAGGUUGUUGCAGCGCGGAAGGUGAUUUGGAAGAAGGUCCAAGCGGAGACGAAUUGCGCGAGGCGCAGAUUAAACUUGAGGAGCACAGAUUAGGCCUAGAUCACGAUAUCAGUCAACGAAUUGACAGUCAGAUAGUCAAUCGAAGAUUAAGUGAUUAUCAACAUCAUUUUGAUAACCCGCUUAUGGAUCCUAUUGAUCCACCCAGUCGAACGACUUUGUUCAUGGCGGGCGGUAGCGGUAGCUCGUCGUCGGAACUUUUCGAGUCCAGUUUCGAUUCUGGCUGCCCGCCAGAUUAUACAGGAACGAAUUGUUUCACGAGCAGCUUACCAUCUUGCACACCACCGCCACCCAAAAGUCCAUCCCCUAUUACCGGUAGAAUAUCACGAGUCUCUCAGGGGCGUAGAGCGUCCGAUGGUGGAUCUAGAUUACUGUUCUGUCAGCAAGGUAUCAACGAUAGGCCAUCCAAACAGAGGAGUAUUCAAGAUUCGGGAAAAGCUCGAGGUCAUCUGGAUCUAGUCCACCUUAGACCACCGUCCACACCGCCCGAUAAUCAACAGCAAUUUAAGAUACGCGGCGACUCGGGCACGCAGUUGCAGCUUCUAGUGCAACAACGUAUGCUACAGCAAAAGCGUAACUUGUAUCACCGGCACAGAGGCGGCGGUAGUCCAACUCCGAUCCCGGUUUCUACCGCCGGCAGCACCAGUAGACGCGCUGAACACGUACCGAGGCAAGACAGCUACAAGCUGGCGCAACGUACGCAGAUUUUACCGCCUCUCUCUCAGGGACACGUUGACAGAGACUUCGGCAGAGAUAGGAAACGAGACGAAGAGAGAUGGAAGAGUCUACCGUCCCGCUUGGCAGCGGACUGCCAGUUGGCGGAGAGAUCGCUAAUAUGGAGCCAGCAGGUGGGUCUUAGUGGAGGUGCGUCUUACUUACCACCUGGCAGUGUAGGUGGUUUCUUGUGGCCCGCCACCAGCAAUCCACAUUCAACGAUCUUCGAGAAUGUAGGGGAUCCAAUGGAAUAAAUUUCUGCCCUGUCGUUAUUAGUAAUUGCCUCGAGAUCUUGCGUAUGAAAAGUCGGCUGAAUUACAUCAACUCUCAGAGCCAGUAUUCCCUCCCUAGUCUUUCCACGUUGACUUUUAUUAACAUAGUUGCAUAUCAUUUUGCGUCUGAGAUAGAGAAAUGCGCUAAGAUAUACGAAGAAUUUAGUAACGUUCAACUCAUCUAUAUAAUAAUUAUAUAUCUUUACAUACUCAAGAUCUCUGAUUAGAUGUAUGGUAUGUGUUACUGAAUGCCAAAGAUUUACAAUUUUAUACACUUAUUGAAUCGGAACAUCGCCACUCGAAUUGACUGAAGUGCGUACAAUAAAAAUUGCAUAUAAUAUUCCAUAUAAGUCGUACGCUACUGUACUGUCUCACAAAGUUAUCUUAUCAAAGUUAUCUUUCACUGUCGUACUGCAUACUUGUGCAUACAACGAAAUACAUACAUGUAUCGUUAAAAAAAUUGUUCACGCAGAGGAAUCUUUAUCAUACAGUAACACAUAUACCUGCCUUAUUAAAAUGACUGAUUAUUUCAGUCAAAUAUCCAAUUAUAUCAUAGACUGAUAAUUAACAAGCUGAAACACCAACCAAGUUUAGUUGAAGAGCAAGUGGCAUAUGACUUGCUUCCAUAAACUCCGCUAUCGAGAGUAUAAUCGAAAAGGAAGGAAAGAAAAAGAGAGAACUGUGGAAUUUUCAAGUGUUGUUAACGGGAUUUUUCAUUGAUAAAUUCGGGAAUAGAUUUAAAAGGCUUAGAGGCUCAUUCAUUUUCGUAACUGCUCAUAUGUAUAAAACGAAUAACAGGAUGUAAUGAAUUUAUGCGAUAUAUAAAUCCUUAGAGGAUUUUUCUGUACUGCCAAUGAGUGAGAGAAACGUGAAUGCUCAAGUUGUUGACGAGAUAUUAUAAAUAUGUUAUAGAGUAAGGCGUAAGAGAAAAAUGAAGAGAACGACAAAGGAAAAUAAUAGCGAAUGAAAAUAGAAUUAAAAUCUUUUCAUAGCGGAGCACAAGUACUAUGCCAUUUAUGCUUUUCCAUUAAUUUAAUCGAAGAGUGGAGAUACGACGCGGGUUUAAAAGAACCUUUUGUUAUGUUUUUUUAAUGGGUGUUCCAUAUUGUACAAAAUUAGAGAUAUUUUCCUCUUCCACUCUUCACGAUGGUGACCAUAGAAAAAUAGAGGAAAUAAUAACGAAAAACAAUAAUAUUAGUGGUAAAUAGUAGCUAAUGUGUCAGAAGUGCUGCAUUCUGUAAAGAAGUUUAAAUAAAUUGUUUGCGC